GACAAGCUCUUGGUGCUCCUGAAGUCAAUGAUCUUAGCUCAUUUCUAUGCAGAAACCAAACCAGAGCUCAUUGCUGACCCAAAACUCAAGUUGGUUAUUCCAUUUAAAAGUCACACAGAGAGGCAUCAAAUGAUGCUCAAAACUUCCUUCUGAAAGCAGAAUCUGUCAUAAUCCAUAUUUUCUUUAAAAGAGAGAAAAAAAAAAAAGAAUAUGAGCAGAGAAGGAAAAGCGGUGUGUGUAACUGGUGGUUCAGGUUACAUAGCUUCAUGGCUGCUCAAGCUUUUGCUCCAGCGUGGUUAUACAGUUAAAGCCACUGUUCGUGACCUAGAUGAUCCUAAGAAGAUAGAGCACUUGCGAGUUCUUGAUGGGGCAAAAGAAAGACUUCACUUGUUCAAAGCAAAUUUACUAGAAGAGGGAGCUUUUGAUGCAGUAAUUGAUGGAUGUGAAGGUGUAUUUCAUACAGCUUCUCCUGUUAUUCGUUCAACAAAUGACCCUCAGACAGAAAUUCUUGAACCUGCAAUAAAGGGAACACUAAACAUACUCAAAUCAUGUGUAAAAGUUCCUUCUGUGAAGAGAGUGGUUUUAACAUCUUCAAUUCUAACAGUAAUGCGCAAAGGACAACUUGUGGCCCCUGAUGUGGUAGUUGAUGAAACUUGGUUUGCUGAUCCAGCUUUUUAUCAGGAAAAUAAGCAUUGGUAUGCUCUUUCAAAAACCUUAGCUGAAGAUACUGCUUGGAAAUUUGCAAAAGAAAAUGGAAUUGACUUGGUAACAACGCAUCCAGGAUGGGUGAUUGGUCCUCUCUUGCAGCCAACUAUUAAUCUCACUGUGGAGAUGGUUCUGAAUCAUAUGAAAGGAAUGGAAAGAUUUCCAGAUGACAUUGACAAGUUUGUUGAUGUUAGAGAUGUUGCUAAUGCACAUAUUCAAGCAUUUGAAAAAGCUUCAGCUAGUGGCAGAUACUGUUUGGUUGGAAAACAUGGACAUAUAUCUGAGAUACUGAAGAUCGUGCAUGAACAUUACCCUACAUCAUGCCUACCUGAAAGAUGUGAAGAAGGCAAGCCUUUUGUGCCGGAAUAUGAGAUUUCCAAAGAGAAAGCUAAAGCUUUGGGCAUUAUCUUCACUCCUUUAGAGGUUACUGUGAAGGACACCAUUGAAAGCUUGAAGGAGAAAGGAUACCUUACUGUCUGAAUAAUGGAUUCUCUUUUUUCUCCCUUUGUCACUCUCUUCCGGGGGAGUUUGCGCCUACUGAGACUAAAUCUUUGGAGUAAUGUGAUAUUUUCCACAUUCGGAAUGCGAUAAUGUUAAAUUGCAUGUCAUGUGAAUGUUGGAAUUCUAGUAGGUUUACUUGCUUUUUGUGUUUUGGUUAUAGAAUGUUCUGUUUAGCCUCAAAUGCUGUUGCAGUGGUGAAAGACUGCAUUCCUUUUUUUUUUUUUCC